CCCAAAUAAUCAAAUUAAAAAGACAAAGAAUGGGUAGGUCUCCUAGUUCUGAUGAGAAUGGCCUGAAGAAAGGUCCCUGGACUCCUGAGGAAGACCAGAAGCUUGUUGAUUACAUUCAAAGACAUGGUCAUGGAAGCUGGAGAGCUCUCCCCAAACUUGCAGGUUUGAACAGAUGUGGGAAGAGCUGUAGAUUAAGAUGGACUAAUUACUUGAGGCCUGAUAUUAAAAGGGGGAAAUUUUCCCAAGAUGAAGAGCAGACAAUUCUUAAUCUCCAUUCCAUUCUUGGCAACAAAUGGUCAGCGAUUGCAACUCACCUCCCUGGCCGGACUGAUAAUGAAAUCAAGAAUUUCUGGAAUACCCACCUCAAGAAGAAGCUGAUUCAGAUGGGUUUUGAUCCGAUGACUCACCGGCCUCGAACAGAUCUCUUUUCGAGCUUACCUCAUCUGAUAGCUCUUGCUAAUCUUCAAGAAAUUAUCCAACAUCAUCCUUGGGAAGAACAAGCUGUGAGAUUACAAGCAGAAGCAACUCAAUUGGCUAAGAUUCAAUAUUUACAGUUACUCCUUCAAAAUGCUUCUUCCAUGACUAGUACCACCACCAAUUCAAUUAACAACCUAAACAACAACAUUAAAGAAAUGGAAGCUUUCAAUUUCUUGAAUUCAAUUUCUUCAAUCAGAGAAAACCCAAUUUUGGGUUCAACCCAUAACAACCCAUCUUCUCUUGGACUUGUCCAAGAUUCAAUCCCAUACUCUCAUUCUCAACCAGACUUGCUAAAGCUACCUUGCAAUUUUCAAAUAUCUCUGAACAGUACUACUGAUAUGGGCAUAAGUGCAACUUCAACUUGGCACUGGCGACAACAUCAGGUUCAUCAAGAACGAGCUUUCAGCAUCAAAGCCUUCUUAAGGGAUGCAGAGAACAGAAGUUUAAGAGGAGAUGCCAUCGCCAAUGAGUGGGUGUUACAGGUGAGAGAUGAAGCAUACAAAGUUGAGGAUGUUAUCGAGGAGUUCCUUCUUCAAAUGGAGAUCCUUAGUUCAAGAAGACCUAUGGGUUGUCUUGAUAUUAAGUGUUGGAUCUAUUGCAUACCUUCAUACUGCAAGCAGAGAGUACUUUGCCUUCAAUUUCACUCUCAAAUUGAAAAUAUCAAGAAGGAUGUAGAAGACAUAUCCAACAGAAGGUUGCGAUAUAAACUUCAAGAAGGGUCUAGCAUUGGUUACAUUGACGAAACAAGUAGCCAUCUUGGCAUGUCUUCUCCUUUUUAUGAAGAAGUUGACAUCAUAGGCAUUGACAAAAUUAUUAGGCACGACUCCAAAAAUAGUUGCAAAAAGAGGAAGAACCCCAUCAAUGCUCAAUUGUUUCACUUGUCGGCAUGGCGGGGUCAGGGAAAACCACUUUCGGAAAGAAGGUCUUCACUAGAAUCAAGGAACAAUUUGAAUAUACUGCAUGGGUACCCGUGUCUCAAAUGUUUGAAUUGA